UAUGAUGCACGGAAAAUUAGCAUGAAUGACAGCCAAACAGACCAGCCAAUCUGAGGAUGAUUUAAGUGCUAACAGGAGCCAAUAGGAGUAUAUUUGGGCGUGAAUAGAUGUUUUUGUCCACUGGAAAACAUUUUAAGAAUCGUGACUCCCUGUGACUGGACCAUCCUUCACGACUAAAACCCAACACAUUUGGGAUAUACUGCUUCAUAUUUAUUAAAUAUCUAGCUAGCUGAGUUAUAAACCGUUCCACUAUUUAGCUUGAUAGGAUUGAAAUGCUACAUUUUCGGUCUUCGGUAGUGCUCAAGGAGUUGUUUCAAUCCAACCUGAAGCGCCCUUUGACAGGUAUAGCCAGAAAUACAUCACCAUCAGUCGCGUAUUGCUUUAACACCGCCUGUACAGAUGUCAGAUAUGUGCCCAAAUUAAAGUGUCUCCAGCAUGCGGUUGGAUGGAGAGAUUCGCCAUACACUACCAACGGCCACGGAACUCGGAAGCUCUCCACCAAGAGCGAUGACGGUUCGGCCCCACCGCCGACGGACACCAAAAAUGACACCGCCACCAGCAAUGAAACCGCCACCAAGGAGGCAGCUGCCGAAAAGAGAAGGAAGGCAGGCAUCCUGCCCAGUCUGGAGGAUCUACUCUUCUACACCAUCGCCGGGGGCGCUGAAAAAAUCCCAGCUCACAAAUUCACCACAGCGCUGAAAGCCACAGGGCUUCGGACCGGAGACCCCCGGCUGAAGGAAUGUAUGGAGAACCUGAAAGUCAUCAUGAAGACCACGUCAGACGGAAAUCUGGACCGACACCUCUUCAAGAAGUGUGUCCAGAGCAACAUCGUGCUGCUCACCCAGGCCUUCAGGAAGAAGUUUGUUAUUCCCGACUUUGUGUCCUUUGCCUCCGAAAUCGACGCGCUCUAUGAGAAUGCCAAACACCUGGGAGGGGGACAGGUGGCUGACUACAUUCCCCAGCUGGCAAGGUUCAGCCCGGACCUCUGGGCUGUGUCCAUAUGCACUGUGGAUGGACAAAGACACACAGCGGGUGACACCAAAGUCCCGUUCUGCCUGCAGUCGUGUGUAAAGCCUCUGAAGUACGCCAUCGCCGUGAAUGACCACGGGACAGAGUAUGUGCACCGUUUCAUCGGCAAAGAGCCCAGCGGUCUGCGCUUCAACAAACUAUUCCUUAACGAGGAAGAUAAACCACAUAACCCUAUGGUUAACGCCGGCGCUAUCGUGUGCACGUCCCUCCUAAAGCAAGGGGCAAGCAACGCUGAGAAAUUUGAUUAUGUCAUGAACUUCAUGAACAAGCUGGCAGGAAACGAGUAUGUGGGUUUCAGCAAUGCCACAUUCCAGUCAGAGAGGGAGUCUGGAGAUCGGAACUUUGCUAUUGGCUACUACCUGAAGGAGAAGAAGUGCUUUCCAGAGGGGACAGACAUGACCUCCAUUUUAGACCUCUACUUCCAGCUGUGCUCCAUCGAGGUGACCUGUGAAAGCGCCAGCGUCAUGGCGGCCACCCUGGCCAACGGCGGCUUCUGUCCAAUCACAGGCGAGCGCGUGCUGGGCCCGGAGGCGGUACGGAACACCCUGAGUCUCAUGCACUCAUGCGGCAUGUACGACUUCUCGGGACAGUUCGCUUUCCACGUUGGACUUCCAGCGAAGUCGGGCGUGGCAGGGGGCAUCCUGCUGGUGGUGCCCAACGUCAUGGGUAUCAUGUGCUGGUCCCCUCCACUGGACAAGCUGGGUAACAGUGUACGAGGAAUCCAGUUCUGCACGGAUCUGGUGUCCCUUUGCAACUUCCACAACUACGACAACCUGAAGCACUUUGUCAAGAAGCUGGAUCCUCGCAGGGAGGGAGGAGACCAAAGGGUGAAGUCGGUCAUCAAUCUUCUCUUUGCUGCGUACACUGGCGAUGUGUCUGCACUGAGGAGGUUUGCUCUGUCUUCCAUGGACAUGGAGCAGAGGGACUAUGACUCCAGGACAGCCCUCCAUGUGGCUGCAGCAGAGGGACAUGUGGAGGUGGUCAAGUUCCUGUUGGAGGCAUGCAGGGUCAACCCUGUUCCCAAAGACAGGUGGGGUAACACACCGAUGGAAGAGGCAGUGCACUUUGGACACCACGACGUUGUGACCAUGCUCCAGGACUACAACAACAAGUACAGUCCACCGGGGGGCGCCAAUGAGGACAAAGAGAAGGAGACAGCGGAGAAGAACAUUGACGGCCUACUAUGAGCCAAUUAAUACUCUUAUCUAUCCAUAGAAAUGAAAUAACUAGAACGGACGU